CUGUGUGUUGCUGCCCCACGCGCUGGAUAUCACGGUCCCUCGGUGACGUCUGUGUCCUCUCUGCUCCCAGUGGCCCCCUGCCAUAUUUAUUCAUGCCGGGGCAAGAUGGCGGCAGCACAGACGAUGUGUUAUUGCCAGUGGACAUAAACCACGCAUUUUUAUUCAAAAAACGAAACUUAGUCAGAUUACAUUCGCGCACGUGACCGUAUCGUGUGGGUAUUUACCGCGCGAGCGUCUACGUUUUUUUUUAAUUUUACGCGUUUCCACGUAUUUCUUUCUUUACCAAAAUGUUCACGUUGUAGCUUGCUCGCUAACCUGACCAGCUGGCUAACAGAGAGCAGCAACUAGCUAGCUAGCUAGCUACCACCGUGAAGCGGAGAAUGGGAGAAAAGCUGGAGCUGAAGCUCAAAUCUCCGGUCGGAGCAGAACCCGCUGGCUAUCCGUGGCCGUUACCGGUAUACGAUAAAAACCAUGAUGCUGCUCAUGAAAUCAUCGAGACCAUUCGGUGGGUGUGUGAGGAGAUCCCAGACCUCAAACUGGCAAUGGAAAACUACGUACUCAUUGACUACGACACCAAGAGCUUCGAGAGCAUGCAGAGACUUUGUGACAAGUACAACAGGGCCAUCGACAGCUUUCACCAGCUGUGGAAAGGCACCUCCCAGCCCAUGAAGCUGAACAAGCGACCUUCUAACGGGCUGCUGAGACACGUCCUACAGCAGGUGUACAACCACUCGGUGACCGACCCGGAGAAGCUGAACAACUACGAGCCCUUCUCCCCCGAGGUGUACGGAGAGACCUCUUUCGACCUCGUUGCUCAGAUCAUCGGCGAGAUGGAAAUGAUGGAAGACGACACCUUCGUUGACCUCGGCAGUGGAGUGGGGCAGGUAGUGCUGCAGGUUGCAGCAGCAACCAACUGUAGACACUACUACGGUGUAGAGAAAGCAGACACUCCAGCUACCUAUGCAGAGAGCAUGGAUAAAGAGUUUAAAAAGUGGAUGAAAUGGUACGGGAAGAAACACGGGGAGUACUCAGUAAGUUAUUAUAAUACUUAUUUUAAAAAAAACCUAAAUAUUGAUAUGCAGAGCCGCGGUAUUCCCUACCCCUUACUCUGCUUUGUGUCUUUCAGCUGGAGAGAGGUGACUUUCUGUCUGAAGAAUGGAAGGAAAGGAUCGCCAACACAAGAGGUAGAUCACCAGCUGAAGGAGCGCUUUGCUAACAUGAAGGAAGGUGGAAAAAUUGUAUCUUCCAAACCUUUUGCACCUUUAAAUUUUAGAAUAAACAGUAGAAACUUGAGUGAUAUUGGCACAAUAAUGCGUGUGGUGGAGCUUUCUCCACUCAGGGGCUCUGUGUCCUGGACUGGAAAGCCAGUUUCCUACUACCUGCAUACCAUAGACCGCACCAUACUUGAAAACUAUUUUGCUACCCUCAAAAAUCCUAAACUCAGGGAGGAGCAAGAGGUAGCUCGGCGACGUCUGCAGAAGGAUACGAAGGACAGUAAAAGCAAUAGCACCACGCCGACCAAACCUAAAGAACAAAACAAGCAGGACUCCUGCGGUGAGGACGAGCGUCCUAGCUUAGUGACGGUGGUCAAGGCCUCUGCCAAACCCCGAAGAGCCCGACUUCUGCCCAAACCUCGCAAGUUGAACAACAAGAAGCGCGGUCGACCCAAGAAAGCCGCCCCGGCUGCCGAGAAGAAAAACAAGAAGAAUCAGAGCGCAUUGGAUCUGCUGCAUGCCAAGACCCUUUCUGCAGCCCCCCCUCAGGAUGCAUACCGACCGCCUCCGAGUCCCUUCUACCAGCUACCUCCCAAGGUCCACUAUCCCUCCAGUCAGCUGCUUCUGAGCCAGACUCCUCCUGCUCUGCAGCAACUGCUCGAUAACAUCAAAGUUCAAUACCUCCAGUUUAUGACCCACAUGAAGACUCCUCUGUACCGAUCCAACCUGCAGCAGCUUUUAGAACAGGAGAAGCAAAAGCACAGUGAUCUGUCGGGGCAGGCGGAGCAGCUCCACUCUGUUUGUCAGUCUCACAAAGACAAGAUCAAAGGUCUCUUUCAGACCAAACUAGACGAGCUGGGAGUGAAAGCCUUGACUGUGGAGGACCUGCUGCAGGCCCAGAAGGAGAUAUCGGCCCACAAUCGUCAGCUGAAAGAACAGACCAAGCAGCUUGAGAGAGACAUGGCCUUGCUGAGAGACCACAGCCUGCUGCUGCUGAAGUCUCGAUGUGAGGAGCUAAGGCUAGAUUGGGGCUCUUUGUGUCUGGAGAGUUUGUUGAAGGAGAAGCAGGCGCUGCGCAGACAAAUCUCUGAGAAACAGAGACACUGUUUGGAGCUGCAGAUCAGCAUUGUGGAGCUGGAGAAAAGUCAAAGGCAGCAGGAGCUGCUUCAGCUCAAAUCCUACAGCCCCUGUGACGGCUCCCCGUACAGAAAGAGCCUGGAGUCCCGCUCUUCCACCGACAUGGACUCCUCCAAGCUUGGCCUGUCCUCGGCCCCGGCCCUCAACGGCGUCAGCCUGGAUCUGUCCAUCAAUGGCACCAGCUCGCCCUGUUUUGACCGGGCCAACACCAAGGGGGAGCUUCUUUCUCGCUACCUGCCCAUCUCCCCAGACCACGAGAUCGUGCCCGCCAUCCCCGAUGCACGGCAGAGGCAGCAAAACUCCUCCUACGCUCUUCCUGAUUACACACGCUUCUCCCCCGCCAAGAUUGCCUUGCGGAGGCACCUGAACCAGGACCCAAGUGCCUCUGCUCACUUGAGAGGCCCGGGGAUGACCACACACAGGGAAUUUGGAGGUGUUAACUCCCCGCUUGGAGCCAAACUGAACUGCCCCUCUCCUAAUGCAGCCGAUGUCCAGAAUAAAGGUUUCGAGAGGGCCGGUAAGGAGAGGAGCCCAUCUGUUCAGGGUGACAACAGCAUUACAAGCCUUCCAAUAAGUAUUCCUCUGAGCACGGUCCACCCCAGUAAACUACCCAUCAGCAUCCCUCUAGCGAGCGUGGUGCUGCCCAGCCGUGUUGAGAGACUGAGAAGUACUCCGAGUCCUGUGUCUCAGGCAGGACAGACCAAUGGAUAUUCAUCCAGCUCAGGGUUGAUGAAUGGAGGUCCCCAUCCUGAGGACCAUAAUGGUGCUUCUUCAUCCCCUCCACCGCACCCCAACACUCCUCUGACAGCACCAAUGGGCAGAGGAGGUCCCACCCAGAGCCCACCACCCAGCACUGGAGGGGUGCUUCAGUACGCAGAUGGACCCCCGAGGAUCCUUCCAGAGGACGGGCAGGACCGCCACGGAGGCGAGUCCGACACGGAGCCCCAGGACAGUGAACUGCGAAGGAGGAUCUUCUUCUCUUCCUCCUCCUCUUCCUCCUCAUCUUCCUCUUCGUCAGGCAGCAGCGUGGCCGGAGGAUCACGCCUCCACCAUCACGCCGGCAACAAGCAGGGAUACCACAGUAACCAUGGAAACCACCACCACCAUCAUCACCAUCAGUCCCCCGGCACGCAGCACACUCACACCCCCCCCACACACACGACGUCAUCGCACUCCUCUCACGGCCUCGGCUCGCAAGAGGGACGCAAGCGGGGGAGACGGAAACGCAGCUCCACCGCCGCUGUCGUAGCCAGCGGAUCCCCAAAGAGGAGGUCCAACAACCCGUCCUCUGGGUCGCCACUCAACAUCAACUCCAUGGUGAACAACAUCAACCAGCCUCUGGAGAUCUCUGCCAUCUCCUCCCCAGAACAAUCGAGCCGCAGCCCCAUCGGGGCGGACCUGGACCAGCCUCCCAUCUUGAAGAGAGAGCGACCGCUGGAGCUCAACGGCUCGGGCCGGUACUCCUCUGCCCCCAGCUCUGACGACGAGGACUCAGGAUACCCUGCCGACAGCUCCAGUUCACGAAUUGAAAGAAAAAUUGCCACUAUAUCCUUAGAGAGCAGAGAUGGACCUGUUAGACAUGGGGAUGGUGAAAGAGUCAGGAAGUCUGGUAGCAGCAGUGGUAACAGCACAGGCAGUGAUGGCUCCUCUUCAUCCUCCUUGUCCUCCAACAGCAAGUGGAAAUCCACCUUCUCGCCCAUUUCCGACCCCAAGCAACCCAACUCUGACCCGAGACAGGGGGGCUCUCCAUUCGGCAUGGGGGGGUCGUGCCGGGGCACCGACUCAGAUUCUGACCACAAACAACAGCAUCAGCAGGCGAGGAAAGGAAGUGACGGAGAGUCGUCCAGCUACAUGAACCCCAACCCUUUCCUCAGUCAGGAUGCAGGGCCCCGGGUCGGUGGUGGUGGUGGUGGUGGUGGUGGUGGUGGCGCCCAGGGAGGCAGUGGUUCAGACCAACGGCAGGCCCUCCAGAAACAGAAGGCCCCUCGCGACUGGGAAAUGAAGACGAGCAGCAGCCUGGCCAGUCAGAACCUCUUCAUCUCUGCUGCUGCCAGCAGUGGUGGGGGCAUUCUCAGCGGGAAGGUGGGGGGCAGUCCUGUAGCAGUGUCCUCAACUACAGGGUCCUCUGUGGGGCAGUACCUGGGGUCGCAGUUCCCACUCGGAGGGACUUCAGUCUUGCAGUCCUUGUUCGGGGCCCAGACCGGAGGAUCCACGGUGAGUGGGACCCCGAGGCUCGUCAACGGACACUCCGCCCUGGGAAGCUUCUCCAGUGCCGGGCUGGCAGGGGGAGCGGCUGGAGGUAUAUUUCACCACGUGGUUCCCACAGUGUCCUCCCAUCAGUUUGGGGUGGCACUGCCCACCUCUGGAGGCCUCGGUUCUCUGCUCAGUCUCUCCUCUUCCUCUACCUCCUCCCAAACCCAGCAGCACAGCACCCCCCAGCCAGCUUCCAUGCGCCUGUCCUCGUCCUCACCGCUCCCCGUCUCCCAGGCCCAGCACAGCCGCACCCAGUCAGUCCUGCACAGCCCCUCUCCGCCCACGCUCACCCUGCCCCCCCCUCCACCCCUGCACAGCAGCUCCUCCUCGGCACCCACGCACUCUGACGCCCCGCCGUCCUCUCGAUCCGACUCCCUCCACUCCUCCCGUCUGUCCCACUCCUCUCUCCACCACCAGAGAGCUCAGUCAUCCCUCUCUCUCUCCAUCUCCUCCUCUGCUUCUGUCUCUGCUGCCGCUACCGCUUCCCUCUCCUCCUCUCUGUCAACCUCCUCCUCUCGUCCUUACGCGGUGCACUACUCCCCUCGGCUGCCCCCUCCACCACAGGCCAGCAGCUCAGGUGGUGGUGGUGGUGGGAGCAUGUGGAGGACUCAGGGCAUGCAUGGCACCUACACGACCUCCCAGCUCCCUGGCCACCGACCUAGAUAGGGUUUGGUGGGUGAGGGGAAGGGGGGAGGAUGGAGAGGGGGAAGGGCAAUCAGAAGGUGGAAAGAGGGCAAGAAUGAGAGGGAGAGAGAGAGAGAGACUAGUAGGGAGUGAGAGAGACAGGAUACCUGUGUGAUACCUGUGCUCCAAACAAGCUGCUGUUGUGAUUGAACAAGGUAAUUGUUGAAAACUACCUCAAAAAUGAUAUAAACUAUGCAAAUGUCCCGGUGUGGACAAAGGCACUCUCCUCACUCACUGGUGCUUCAAAACGUCUGCACUACCCAACCGCCUCCAAGACCGGCAUCUGUACUGGGAUCUCUGAGACACACACACACACACACACACACACACACACAUGCACGCACACUAACGACCACUAUAGUCGCCUUGAGCAGAAGGUACUGGUCAUGUUUAUGUGAAGGGUGUUAAAAUGGUGGUUUUACAAUAAGGAAAUCAGUACUUGCUGCUGCUCAGCACUGAAUGAACGGAUGUCUGCUUUAAAUUCAAGGUGCUCAGUAGUGUGAUGUCUUUCUUUUGUCUUAGUCACUAAAACAAUCUGUUUGAAUGAUUUAAUGUAACAUUUGAAAGCAGAUUGAAGCACAUCGUCCGUCUUUUUGAUCUGAAUCUCAUCACGUUUCUCUUCACGCGUGCAUGUUGCACACAGACCAGUUCUCUGAACUCUGCUCACAUGUCCUGCAGUUUGUUCUCUCUGCAAGCGAUGCUCUCGAGUCUGUUUUCUUUCUUUUGGUGAAAUUCAAUAUUUGUUGCAACACGUACGAGUCUGAAACAAGAUGAGGAACUUUGGGUCUAACUUCACACUGGAUAGUAAGACACAGUUACUCGUGUGGCCGAAGAUGUGCACGGCUGGUUUGUUGACACACUUUAAGCUCUGCUUAAGUUGGUGAUUUACAAUAUUAAAUAUAUUAACUAAAUUAAAAUAUGUGGCUUACUUAAUUUUAAGUGGUAAAACAAAAUAUGAAUAUGCCGUUCUGGCACCUUUUGGCACACAAAUCUCACAUUUCCUUUCUUUGCUACUAACUUGAGCAGAAACAACUCUUCAGGUGUAGUUCAGUGUUUCUCUGCUCGUAUCAAAUAUUGAACAUUAACUGUCUUAGUUUCCUCAUAAAAGGAUAUUUUUUGGUGUUUUCAGGCAUAAUUUCAUUUUAAUUCUCUAAAUGAAUGAACUUAACAUGGAAGUUGGUGUAUGUUUAAACAACGCUAUGAUGUCAGCCUUAUUUGGAAAAUAUGGUGAAUUAGCAAUCGUUCAACAGCUGCCGCUGAUGCUGAGCCGACCACGUUUCCAUUUUAAAACAAACAUGAAAUUCAUUGAUGAGAUGGUGCUAUGUCGAGCUUAUCAGCCACUUUCUGUAUUUAUUCACACGUUCCUCCUCAGUCAAUCUGGUAAAUCACACUACUAUGUGGGAACGUAGCCGAAAUACUCUUAAGCUAAACUUCUUCCUAUUUAUCUCUGCUGUCCAAUGUUAAGGACAUAAAACGUGUGUGUGUGUGUGUGUGUGUGUGUGUGUGUGUGUGUGUG